GUCAGUCCAUUAAGAGCGUUGCCCGGUCGCGAUUGUUUAAUUGAACAAUAUGUAUAUUAAAAUAUAUAUAUUGCUUUUGUUAGGCGUGCGUAGUCUGCUGGCUGUGCCUGUGUAUACUGCGAAUAAGCAAUUGAAUCUAAGCGCUAGUUGUACUGAGCGUAGCUGCAGUCUAUGGUGGCUCUCUGAGGAUAAAGCGGAGCCUUUGCGCUACACAGGCGUUCCAGCAAUGCAUUUGGAAGAGUUGCUCUUGGGCAGUUGCAGAAUACGCGCCUUGCCCGUCGAGUUGCUGCGUCUAACACCAAAUCUGCGCAACUUACAGGUCUACAACAGCAGCAUUUAUCGUAUGCCAAUUAAGGACUGGUCAUUGCUGCCAAAGCUGCAGACGCUGACCUUCGAGCACCAGCGCAUGGCACGACUGGACAAAGACGAUUUCCAAGCGCUGCAGCAGCUCGAAAUUCUGCAGCUGGGCUACAAUGAACUGAACAAUGUGCAUAUGAAUGCUUUUGCGGGCUUGAAGCGCCUCAAACUGUUGGCGCUGCCUGCCAAUGGCUUGGAAGAGAUCAAUCCUCAAACCUUUGACGAGCUGGUAGAGCUAACGCAUUUGGAUUUGAGCCACAAUAGAUUAGCGUCGAUUGAUGGCGAGUUGUUUGAGCAUAACAGCAAUUUGCAGUCCUUGCUGCUGAAUGACAAUAAACUGGAAAGCGAGCACUUGUUGCUGCCGACGUUGACGCAACUGCGCCUGCUUGACAUAAGCAAUAGCGGCGACCUAACAGAGUUGCAACUCAAUAGCGCACAUACUGUAAUCGUGGAGCGCAGCAAUGUGCAGCGCUUAAUCAUACACGGCAGCGUUAUCAAACUGCAGGCAGGCAACAAUGCGCUGACGCAGCUCAGCAUUGGCGAUAAGAGCGCGGUGAUUGAGUUGGACCUGCAUAACAAUUUGCUUGAUAGUAACGCCAGCUCAGCGCUGCUGACAGACAUGUGGCAACUGCGGCACUUGGACUUGUCCAGCAACAACAUUGAAACCUUGGCCAGCAAUUCGAGCAUCAGUCUGUACUUACCUAGCUUGAGAUACUUGAACCUGGCGCAUAAUAAGCUGCGCGCCUUGCCGCCCGCUCUGCCAAUCCUGCCAAGCAGUCUGGUGCACCUGGACAUAUCCUAUAAUCAUUUGCUGCAACUGUACUCACGGAACUUUGCAGCACUGCCCAACUUAGAGCAUUUGAAUAUUGCCGGGACUCGCUUGGACAAAUUUUACUACCAACGCUUUCAACGGGAUCAUUAUGUGCUUAAGGAGCUCGUAAUAUGCGAAGCAGAUGUCAGCUCUAGCCAGUUUGAUAAUAUGCUCUUUCAUUUCGACAAUUUUUUUCGCGGUAAACUUAUCACAAGCUGCAACAGCACAGUGCAGAUGCCAAAGCAGUUGCCACUCGAAGUGUCGGGCAUACAUCCUUACUGGACUACAAAGGAUGUGCUAGCAUUGAUAACGCUCAUUGUGUGCUUUGGCAUACUCCUGCUGCAGAUCUAUCGCAUACUAGAAGAUGAAGGUUGUCUGCGUAGACUGCGUCGACGUUUCGGCCGGCCCCGUCGCAGCCACAGAGGAAUGGCGACGGCACGAGACGCAUUGCUGACCAGGACACUGAAAGUUCCAGUGAUUAAUAUUGUGAGCAACAAUUGGUCAAAAGGAUACUAAACUAAGCUGCAAAUUAUUUAAAUUCAUAUAUGAUUAAACAACAAUUUAAAGCUAUUUGUGAAGGCUCAAGAUAAUUACUUGGCUCAAGGAAAUCAAGUGGCACGCAGCAACAACACAUGUUGUUGUUGUUGUUGUUGCAUUGGCAGCAGCCUAAGCAAUAACAACCACAACAUCAACAGAAACAACUUCUGUAUGUAUUUUGACUUGGCCACUUGUAAGCCUACCAGACGGCUUCCUCCCCCUGCCACAAUUCAAUAAUUUGCCUAUCGCGCUGGCAGAUUUGCCAACAACAUGUUUUGGGUGGAAAUUGUGUAGAUGUGUUAAUCACUAGGGUUAGUAUUGUCCAAAGAAUUCUAAAUUCUUCUUAUUAAAAAUGUAAAAAUAUUUAAAAUAA